GAAAUUUUACAAUGAAGAAAGAAGAUUUUCUUCAUUUUGUUUAUACCAUUUAAUAGACUAAAGUCUUUACUUUAGUCUGCAAGAAUGAAAAUAAAAUUUUCGAUAAAUCAUGUAAUUUUCUGUGCAAAAAAUUAUUUGAACACUUUCACUUUUCUUAUAUCGCAUUUAUUCUACAUCAAAAUAUUUCGAGUUAUACCUCAUUUGAUAGAAAACAUUUUUCUAUAGGAUGAUAUCUUUUUUGAAAAGAAAAGAGCUUUGAUACAAUCUCGAACAAAUUGAAAUACUUGGAGCCCUAUAGCUUUUACAGGAAAUCUAAAUUUUGAAGACUUAACGAAAUCAAAACUCGACUCAAAAUAUAUAUGUCGAUAGAACAAAAAAACAAACUAAAUCAAAUCAUGUCCUUCAUGUUCAAACAUAAUUGACGAAAACAGGUGUUCGAUUGCUAAUUAAAAUUAGUCUCUUAAAUAAGUCGUCGAUCAGUGUCGAUUUGUUAAUGGAAAAAUUUGGCCGUAAAUAUUGUGAACCACGAUUUAAAAGGAGUGUUGAAGUGUAGUGAGUAGGAGUUUGGACCCACUCAUCCUUCACUUCCCCCACAGACUGUGACGGACAUUUUCUAAAAUCUAAUUAAAUUUUAAUUAAAAUUUAUUAAUACUUAAUUAGUAUCUAAGGGUGUAAAUGUGGAGUGUGGCUGUGAUUGAGGCUACAGGCAAAGUCUUCAUUCACACUCACACUCAGUUUAUUCAUUUAAAUUAAGUUAUGAAACAUUACAAUAUUUCAUAACUGAUCGAAUAUUAAAACAUAUAAUCUUGAAAUAAUUUGUCAUAAAAUAGAUCAUCAAAUACCACUUAUUAAUGAAUUUAUACAAGCAUUAAAUUAAUUCAAUCCACAACAACAAUAUAAAAGUGUUGAUCAAAAGAAUUCUUUCAGUUAUUAACAAAUAAUCCAAACCAAAGAGAUUUAAAUGAACUCAAAAAUCAUUCAAAGUAAAAUUUAAAGGAAUAUUUUUUAAUCAUAUAAUUUAUUUUGAUAAAAUCAAUGAAGAACAACAUUCAAAUGGUUAUAACUAGUUUUAUUUCACAAGAUAUUGCUUUUUGGUGAUGGAAAAGAUAAUCGAUUAUUAAAAGAACAAUUAAUAUCAUUACGUAUACAAUUUAAAAAUACUGUUGAGAAAGAUCUUGAUAAUUUAUCUGGUAAACAAGGUAAAUUAUGCAAAAGCUGUACUAAGAAAUCUGAGUAAUAAAUUAAAAACAAUAACACAAGAUAAAACAAAUAUAAAUGAUUAUUCAAUAUGGUUUUCAUUAACAUUUAGACAAC